GUCCGAGGUUGUUGUACUGCCACUAUGCUUAUCGUGCCAAGGGUGCCUUCUCGGCCGACGAGCUAUCUUUCUUUCUAGUUCUCCUCGUUUACAACACUUAUCUCUAAGUAGUUCAUGACCAUCCUUUGUACCGACGGGUGAACAAUUGGAGCAUCACAGACGGAUUGUAUGUGAGAGCGCUAUCAUCCAAUUAUACCCCAAAAGUAGGCGGGUGGAGAUGACUCGAGUCCACAAAUAGGUCUAGCCUCCUCCUCCAUUCCGUUUUGCUUUCCGUCCAGCGCCCUAUUAUUUGUUUUGAGAUAGCGGCAACCUUCAAAUACGCUCUUUCCGCCGGCACGACGUUUCGACAGUGCACACCCAAAGCUUUGAAGGCUUCGAGAGCGAACUCGUGCUUCCCGUCUUGAGUACAGUGAUACCAGGCUCUCCAAAUUGCUACUGAUGUACUGAUUGAACUCUUGCUGUAGAACCUCUAACUCUAUAACUCAUACACGAGUCAUUUCCCGAAGGACAAUGGCUACUGCAUUGCCAAACCAUGCGCAACUGGUAGAAUUCGGCCAGAAGCAUGUUACGAAGGGACUUGGUCGUCAGGUCGAAGCCGUCAUUACCAAGGGCAAGGGAUCGUAUGUGGAACUAGGGGAUGGAAGGGAGCUGCUGGACUUCACCAGUGGAAUUGGUGUGACCAAUCUCGGACAUUGUCACCCGCGUGUUAGUGCUGCUGCCGCUGAACAAUGUAUGAAUCUUGUUCACGGACAAUGCAGUAUUGGAUUCACGAAACCUUACCUCGAACUGAUCGAGAAGCUGCUUCCAAUGAUGCCUCAUCCUUCGCUUGACUCGUUCUACUUCUGGAAUUCAGGUUCUGAGGCCGUCGAGGGAGCCAUUAAGAUGGCACGAACUUUCACUGGCCGUCAAAACAUCAUUUGCAUGCAAGGGGGAUACCAUGGCCGUACCUUCGGAGCAAUGGCCGUAACAAAAAGCAAGACUGUGUAUAGUGCAGGUUUCAACCCGCUCAUGCCCGGAGUAUUUUCUAUUCCCUUCCCUUAUUGGCAUCAAUUAUCACGUCCAAAAGAUACUCCAACGGAAGAACUUUCAGCAUACUGUCUCAAUCAACUCUCAUUGCUUCUUUCCCAACAAACGACACCCAAGGAUACCGCAGCCAUCAUAAUCGAAUCCGUCGUGGGCGAGGGAGGUUACGUCCCCAUACCGACGGAAUUCAUGAAGGGUCUUCGAGAUACCUGCGACCAACAUGGGAUCAUGCUCAUCAUUGACGAAGUUCAGAGUGGAUUCGGACGAACUGGAAAGAACUUCGCAAUUGAGUAUUCCGGUGUGAAGCCAGAUAUCAUGACGAUUGCCAAGGGAUUGGCAAAUGGCUUCCCCCUAUCUGGAAUCGUCAGUAGGAAGGAGCUCACUGACAAACUCACUCCGGGAUCCAUGGGUGGCACCUAUGCUGGGAGCGCUGUAUCUUGCGCAGCAGGCGUUGAAGUUGCCAACGUGUUCAAGGAGGAGAAAAUCCUGGAUAAUGUCAAUGCACGAUCUGUGGAGCUACUCGCUGCAUUGAACACUUUGGCAUCCAAGCCUGAGGUCAAGGGUGCAAUUCUCGACGUGCGUGGAAGGGGUCUGAUGGUUGCCGUCGAGUUCGCCUCGCCAAAGGGAACAGGCCCUUAUGACCCUUUCGUCAACCGAUCAGUUCCCGAGAAGCUGGCCAGUCGCGUCGCGAAGAGAUGCCUGGAGAAGGGCUUGUUGAUCCUGACGACCAGCGUUUAUGAAGUCAUCCGAUUCAUUCCUCCGUUGAAUAUUACGAAGGAAGAUCUGGCUAAGGGAUGCAAAAUCUUUGCCGAGGCUGUGGAGGAGAUCGUCAGGGAAGGUUGAGUUGGUUGGUCAGAUAGAAGGAAACACUCAAAAGAGUCUUAAUUGUAUGAUGUAGAUCUGGUUGUGUCGAUGUCUCUUAGAUUUAGCUUGACUAUCGAAUGCAUAGAGGCAACGCUACAAACUCGAGGAUAGAUGGAGACGUUCAUUUCUGAGCUUGUGUGAUGGGCUGGCAGACCUUGCCGCAAACGCCGCGGAUCCUUAUUGAAACGUUCAAAUGAUGUAAGUCCGCAGUUGUAUUGACUUAUAAAUGGCUAAUAGUAUCACCUAUAAAUGGUUGUAUAUGGUUAUAGUAUCUGUUAC